AUGAAUUGCCCUGUUUCUCAUUUUUGUGAAAUGAGAUUGACUGGUUCAGGCAUUCGCAUGGAGUCGAAAGUUGCCGGGUUGGAGGGAUGUACUGGGGUUAGCAUAGAGGGUGAGGGAUGUAAUGAAGCAUAUGAGCUUGUUCGGCAAGGAUUAAAGAAUGAUCUUAAGAGUCAUGUAUGCUGGCAUGUUUAUGGUCUUCUUUAUCGGUCCGAUAGAGAAUACAGGGAGGCAAUCAAAUGCUAUAGAAAUGCACUGAGGAUCGAUCCAGACAAUAUUGAAAUUUUGCGGGAUCUGUCACUAUUACAGGUGCAAAUGCAAGAUUUGGCAGGGUUUUUCGAGAUAAAACAACAACUCUUGUCUCUAAAAUCAAAUCAUCGUAUGAAUUGGAUCGGCUUUGCUGUUGCUCAUCAUUUAAACUCAAAUGCUUUAAAAGCAGUUGAAAUUCUGGAAGCAUAUGAAGGGACACUAGAAGAUGAUUUUCCUCCUGAUAAUGAACGUUGUGAACAUGGGGAAAUGCUUUUGUAUAAGAUUUCUUUGCUAGAAGAAUCGGGUUCUAUUGAGAGAGCUCUUGAUGAGUUGCACAAGAAAGAGCCAAAAAUAGAUGAUAAAUUGGCUUUUAAAGAACAAGAGGUUUCUCUUUUAGUAAAGCUUGGUCGCUUUGAAGAAGGUGCCACUUUGUUCAAGGCUCUACUUUCUAUGAAUCAUGACAAUUACGGAUACUAUGAAGGCCUUCACAAGUGUGUUGGGCUCUAUUAUGAAAAUGGUCAGUAUUCACCCGACCAAAUUGAACAGUUCGAUUCGUUGUACAAUUCUCUUAGGCAGCAAUACACUUGGUCUUCUGCUGUCAAGAGAAUAUCGCUCGACUUUCUGCAAGGUGUCAGGUUUAGAGAAGUAGCUGAAAAUUAUAUUAGGCCCCUCCUUACUAAGGGAGUUCCAUCAUUGUUCACUGAUCUUUCUCCAUUGUAUGAUCAUCCUGGAAAGGCAGACAUUCUUGAGGAACUUAUUAUUGAGCUGGAGCAAGCUGUUAGGACUGCUUGUCAAUUCCCUGGAAGUCAAUCAUGUUUCUGUUAUACUGAAGCAGAUGAUCUAAGCAACAUGAUUUUAGAUUUGUGUCUGGCACAUGGUUUUGUUGCCAGAGGCAUUCUUUUGCAUUACGACAGAAGGGGACAAUAUGAAAUCUCCCUUUCUAAAAUUGAUGAGGCCAUUGAGCACACCCCAACCGCGAUUGAUUUAUACUCGGGCAAGCAGAGAUAUUUUGCUAUUGAAAUCAAUGUUAUACUACAAGAUAUAGUUUGUGCACGUAGAGUUCAAUUGAAGCUUUGGGUGAGGAUUUCAGCUGAAUUCUUGUUAUGUUUUAUUGCUGGGGACUUGGGGAUUAGCUCUACGACUACUAGGUGGAUUUGUUCUCCAGAAAAGACUGGUUUUCCUAUGGGUUUUGCUGCUGGAAGCAUGUUUGAAGUGCUGUGA